AUGGAGUCAGAUGAAACAGAGCUGCCUGUCAGUCCGCAGCAGAGGAACCAGGUACCAGAAACAGGCCCAUUUGUGUUACGCAGCCUGCUGGAGGAUGUCCCACUAUCUGCGGAUGGGGAUAGAGGGAGCAUUGAGAUAACAUGCGUGGAGUUCUUGGACCAGAACCUCUAUGUUGGUACAUCGGCCUCGGAAUCCCUCCAUUUCGUUCAAAUCCCCCCGGAUCCCGACGACCCAUUAGGCAAGCCUUCGUAUAUAUUAGCUUCCAGAUUACUGCCAGCCUACCAUGAGCCUCCCCCAAAUACCGCAAAGCCUGGUGUCCAGCAGAUCUUACUCCUCGCAAGGGUCAACAAAGCAUGUAUUUUGUGCAAUUGGACGGUAACCUUCUACUCGCUCCCAGAACUGAGUCCUGUUUUUGGGACGACGCAGAUUCGGCCAUGCAGCUGGAUUGGAGGCAUAGAUUUGAACACGGAUCUUGCAGGUUACAAGCAGGAUGGGAAUGGGGCCCCAGUCACUGUUCUCGUCUCGCUCAAUAAAAAGAUGAGAGUUAUUAGGAUCGGGGAGGAUGCGCGACCAGUUAGGACAAUUGACUUCACCGGAAGCACCACCUCAGUUCGUCGAGAGUCGUUUGCCUGCGUUGCUGAUACCCGGUCUUACGCUCUACUAGAUGUGGAACGGCUGUUGAAAAUACCUCUUUUCCCCAUUUCAUCACUGGACGACACGCAAUCCGGUAGCAUAGGUGGCCGAGUAGAGGAUAUCUCCGGAAGUGGGAGCGGCGGUAUCUCGCGAAGCACAUCCUCGGCACGGGCUGGCCAUGGGACGGCAUCUGGAGAUGAUCGAGGGCAUAGUAGAAGCACAAGUCUUGGGACAUUUAUGACUGGUGGUUCUCGACGGCAUAGCCAACACGGCAGACCUGGAGACCUUUCUGGGCGAGAGACACCAGAAGGCCUGUUCCGGGAGGCGUCACCAGCACCAGCUGCCAGUCCUCUCGCACAGCCUUCUCGUGAUCCAAGCCCAGGUCAGAACAAGGCACUUCCCCCGCCGCCACCCGAAGCGUCGGCGCCAGCUGGCCCGGCGCCUGUAUAUCUCAAGCCACACAUAGCCUCCCCAACUCCGCAAGAAUUUCUCCUGGUGACUGGUACUGGACCGAGUGAUCCGGGAGUUGGCAUGUUUGUGAAUCUUGAGGGCGAUGUUACGCGGCCUACAAUAGAAUUUGAUGUUUACCCCGACGGACUUGUGGUGGAUGGCCGAGGCGUUGGUGUAGACCCAAUACCUGCUACUAUCGAUGACGAUGAAGAAGGGUUCGUGCUGGCUUCGAUGGCCCAGGAAUCUGAUGACGAGAUUCGUUACGGGCUUGAAAUUCAGCGCUGGGAUCAAAAUCCCGGGGAGGCUGGAACUGAGAAGUUCUGGCUAGAGCAACCUCUAGUUGGAACCAGGGCGAACGAUGAGAGUUCCUCGCGGAUUGGACUUCGAUCUCUGAUCGACACUGGGGAUGUCUACUUUGCUGAAGUGGCUGAAAAUCUUCGCCUAAAGCGGUUUCGACCCUUUGCAACGAGAUCCAUGGAGGCGUCUAUUUUGUCGCUGUCGGGUGGGGAUUCUAGAACGGCGACAUCCCUGGAAAGAGUGUCUGGAGAAAGAGAACUUUUCGAGACCGAGGAGUCGCUGCCCAAGGGUUGGGAGAAUCAUCGAAAUGAAGAAGAGGAGCAAUUUGCUCAAAGACUCGGCCACGUCCGAAGUCGUGUGGUCGCUUGGUCCGGAAGCAAUAUCUGGUGGGCGGUCCGCAACCCCCUGGCGCUACGCCUAGAUGCUACCCUCAAUAUUUUAAUGGGUAGCGGCGUUGAGAACUUACAGACAUACCAGUCACUUGACAAACGAAAAGUUGUUGAGUUGAUAAAUUCCUUGCGUGGACGGGAAGCAAAGACUGAGACUGAGUUCCUAAGUCUGGGAUAUAUAAGACAACGAGCCGGACUUAUGACGUUCAUGAGCAUCCUCAGCGGCGACGCCAAGGAGCACUUGGAAGUCGAAUAUCACGUAGCCGAAGAGGCAUUACUCGAGGGUGGCCUCGACCCACGUGUGGCACUAUCAAUAGUUCCAAUCCUGAGAAAUGAAAUCGUUGAGGGAAGAACUGGGAUCUGGAUUCAUGGUGGAGUCAAGGAUCUUGCAGAUAAGUACAUCACGGGUAUCAUGCCUGAAACUUCAGAUUCCACAAAAGAUAAUACCCCAUCUGAUGAAGUUCUUCAAUUUCUGAGAAGACUUUUGGCUGCCUGGCGGAAGAAGAAAGGGUUCGGGAGCAUUGCAAAUGAGCAGGAGGUAUUCCGAAGUGUUGAUGCUGCUCUCCUACUAGUUCUUCUUCAGAUGGAUAAGUCCAUUCCUCCAGGCCCUGCUAGGGCCAACUCAAUUCGAGCAGAGUUAUAUGAUCUUGUAGAUCACGGUGUUGAUUGCUUUGAGAGAGCAGUCUCGCUUCUCGAGUCUCAUCGACGCCUGUAUGUGUUGAGCCGUUUAUAUCAGAGCCGCAAAAUGGCCGGUGAAGUGCUCAGAACGUGGCGCCGUAUCGUCGAGGGUGACACCGACGAAGGAGGCGAAUUCCGCCGUGGAGAGCAGAAGGUACGAGAAUAUCUCACGAAAAUCCGCAAUUCUGCGCUCGUGCAGGAGUACGGCGUCUGGUUAGCUACACGGAAUCCGAAACUUGGCGUUCAAGUCUUCGCGGAAGAUCAAAGUCAAGUCAAGUUUGAGCCGAAUCAGGUUGUCCAGAUACUGAGAGAAGGUGCACCUGGAGCAGUAAAGGAGUAUCUGGAGUAUUUGGUCUUCAACAAAAACCAUGCCGAGUACAUCAACGAGCUGAUCGCGUACUAUCUGGAUAUUGUCACGACCAAGUUGGAGGAGUCGGAAGAAGCCCGAGGGAUAUUGGCCCAAACAUAUGAAUCCUACCGGGCUCUACGUCCCCCGAAACCUACGUAUCGACAGUUUAUUACCGAUAACACUGUUGAUGAAGAGUGGUGGCAUAGUCGCCUCCGCCUCCUUCAGCUACUUGGUGGCAGUCAGGGGUUUGCCUCCCAGUACGACGUUGCCGCCAUCCUCGAACGAAUAGCCCCCUACACAAAAGAGCUUGUCCCAGAAGUAAUUAUCCUCGACGGCCGACAAUCACGGCACGAAGAGGCACUUAAACUUUUGACACACGGAUUAGGAGACUAUGACACGGCAAUAAAUUAUUGCUUACUAGGCGGGUCAAGCAUCUACCACCCGAUCUCCGGGACGAUGACUCGGGGGAGCUUGCCAACAAGGGCACAACAGGCAGAGCUAUUCCGCUGCUUAUUCUCGGAGUUUCUUCAGAUUGAGGAUAUUAGUAACCGGGUGGAGCAGACGAGCAAUCUCCUAGAACGAUUUGGUGGCUGGUUUGAAAUCGGAUAUGUUCUGAGCCUUAUUCCAGACACAUGGUCUGUAGAGUUAGUGUCUGGCUUCCUCGUCAGCGCUCUAAGUCGGAUCGUUAGAGAACGCCGGGAGACCAUGGUAGCGAAGGCGUUGAGCGGCGCAGAGAACUUAAAGGUCAGGGCCAGUCUGAUUGGGGAGGUUGAGAAAGCCGGGCCAUCCAUUGAAUCUUAA